AUGCAUUCUCUUAAAUGGGUUCUCUUGGAUUUGAUUGAUAGGUGCAGCGGCUUCAGCUGUUUCAAGCAAAUCCAUGCACAAAUAGUAACUUCUGGCCUAGCUUGCAAUGACUUGGUUGCUAACAAUGUUGUUGGUUUUCUCCGAAAAAAUGUUAAUUCUGUUGAUUACGCUUGUGACUUUUUGAAACAAGUUGAUUGGCGCGUCAGCUCUUUUCCAUUUAACACGCUGAUCUCUGGCUAUGCCAAUGGUGACAAGCCAGGGGCGGCGGUUUUGGUCUAUAGAAGGAUAGUGAGAGAUGGGUUUGUGCCUGACAUGUACACUGUUCCGGCGGUUUUGAAAUCCUGUGUUAAGUUUUUGGGGAAGGGAGAGGGAAGACAGGUUCAUGGGGUGGUUGUUAAGAUGGGUUUUCAGUGUGAUGUCUACGCUCAGAACUCGCUUGUGCAUUUCUAUAGCGUUUGUGGUGAUUGUGGUGGUGCCAUCCGAGUGUUUGAUGAGAUGCCUGUGAAAGAUGUGGUCUCUUGGACUGGUCUGAUAUCUGGCCAUGUUAAAGCAGGAUUGUUUGACGAGGCUAUAUCUUUGUUUUUUAGGAUGGAUGUGAAGCACAAUGUGGCAACUUUUGUUAGUGUACUUGUGGCUUGUGGGCGAAUGGGAUAUUUGAGGGUGGGGAAGGGGAUUCACGGAUUAAUCUUCAAGCGUUCAUUGGGUACAAAUUUGGUGGUAGGCAAUGCUAUUGUGGAUAUGUAUGUUAAGUGUGAGAGUUUAUGUGAUGCAAAGAAAAUAUUUGAUGAGCUCCCUGAAAGGGACAUUGUAUCUUGGACUAGCAUGAUAAGUGGAUUGGUGCAAUGUAAACGUCCAAGGGAGUCACUGGAAUUGUUCUGCAACAUGCAAACCUUAGGCAUCGAGCCUGAUAAAAUUAUACUUGCUAGUGUGCUUUCAGCGUGUGCCAGUCUUGGGGCUCUUGAUUAUGGUAGAUGGGUCCACGAGUAUAUUGAUCGUAGAGGAAUCAAAUGGGAUAUCCAUAUUGGAACAUCUCUGAUUGAUAUGUAUGCGAAGUGUGGUUGUAUAAAGAUGGCAUUGCAGACUUUCAAUGAAUUGCCUUGUGGGAAUGUCUCUACAUGGAAUGCGUUACUGGGUGGUUUAGCAAUGCAUGGAAAUGGGCAUGAGGCACUCCAAAAUUUUGAAGAAAUGACUAAGGCUGGCACCAGGCCAAAUGCAGUGACAUUUCUAGCUAUUUUGACAGCUUGCUGCCAUUCUGGUUUGGUUGAUGAAGGCCGUGGGUACUUUUAUCAGAUGAUACGUCAACCUUACAAUCUUUCUCCGAGGUUAGAACACUAUGGAUGCAUGGUUGAUCUGCUAUGUAGGGCUGGACUCGUGGAUGAAGCUCGGGAAUUGAUAAACACUAUGCCCAUGCAACCUGAUGUGCUGAUAUGGGGAGCUCUUCUAAGUGCUUACAAGGCCAAAGGUGAUGUUGAGCUCUCUCAAGAAAUACUAGACCGUCUCCUGCAACUCAAGUUGCACGAUAGUGGGGUUUAUGUGCUCCUAUCAAACAUAUAUGCCACUAAUGAAAGAUGGGCUGAUGUAACAAGGGUAAGGAGGUUGAUGAAGAAGAAAGGUAUACAAAAGUCCCCCGGGUCUAGUGUUAUAGAGGUGGAUGGUAAGGCGCAUGAAUUUUUAGUUGGGGAUACUAGCCACCCUCAACAUGAGGAUAUCCAUGUACUAUUGAACAUCCUUGCUAAUCAAGUCUAUCUUGAAGGGAUAUUCCCCAUCCAUUCCUGA